AUGCAGCUCUACACCCUCAACACAUCCCGUAUUAGCGAAACCUUCCAAAAAGACUUAGGCCUCCCUCCCCCAGACCCAUCCUUCAACUUCAGCACCAUGCUCCCGCGAGACAUCGGCGACGACAUCACCAACGCAGGCAAGAAAGUCGAGGAUAAAGGCGACAAUCUCGCCUCCAACGCCGCGGACGCCAUCAAAGACCCCUCCGCAGCCAUCAAGAAUCUCAAAGCCAACAUCACCGACACGGUCAACGACGGCAAGAAAGCAAUCGAAGACGCAGGCACAAAGCUGAAGGACGGACUAAAGAACGCGACCGCCGAAAUCGUCAGCACCUUCAUCAACGAAACCAUUUCCACCCUGAACAUCGAAGACUUCUACCUCGCGCACCUGAUGACGUACUGCUCCGGUCGCUACACCAAGACCAGCAGCCAAAACAUCACCUUCUGCUCCAACCACAAGCCCAACCACAAAUACAACGUCUCCACCAGCACCACCACCGCCAACUCCAGCCACACCGCCGACGACCCUUUCGCCUUCAUCACCAACCUCCAUUUCCCCGACCCCGUCGAUUUCGCUAUGAAAGCUAUAACCCUCCUCUCCAAGAUCAUCGCCGCGCUGUACAUCGUGGCCUUGAUCCUCGUCUUCCUCUCUUUGCUGACUUCCGCCCUCACCAUCCCGCCCACCUCCAAAAGUAACAUGCUGCGCUACGCCACGCUCGCGAGCGCGCUCGGCGCCUUCCUGAGUCUACUGCUCGGCACGAUAUUGGUGCAUUUCUUGUGCAAGAAGCUGCGCAUAAGGGAUUGGGGGUGCAGGCGAGAAGGGGGAGAAUUGGAUGGGGUGUAG